AAAUUUGGACCAAAUAUGGAAUAUUUGAAGCAAUUUCUCCUUUGCAGCAGCUUCUUCAGAGAAAGUUCAGAGCUUCAUCAUAUUCACUCAGAAACUCCUUACAAUCCCUCUCCACUGACCGCCAUGGUGCGUUCUGGAGUGCUGGUGCGACUCUUCCUGCUCUCUCUGCUCUCUCCUGCUGUCUGGACGAUGGUUGAAAAUCUCCAUCAGGUGGUCAGUUUUCUCGAGAAAACUUAUGGAGACGGUGAACAUCAGUUCGCUCUGGCCAUCAACGUCCCAAGACAGAAGUGUUCUAAAGGUGUUGUCCCGGAUCAGAACUUCCUCCUGGAUAAUGAUAUAAGGAAAGUGAAAGCUGCCAUGAAUGAUCCUAAAAGUAGAGUCUACAAAGGUCAACAGCUGAUUGGUGCAAAACCAAAACGGAUCCCUAGACAAAGUAACAACUACCACUCUGAGUACCUCCUGCUGAUUAAAUCUAACCCACCAGCAACAUCUCCUGACGAUCCACUCAUGCAGAAGCUCCUGAACAGAGACCCAGACGGCUGUGUGGUUUUCUACACCUUCAACUCUCCCUGUGUGAACACCUGCUCAACACCCAAUAAGCCUUACAGCAUCAUCCCUGCACUCGACAUGUUUAAGGACCACAGAGGCCCUAAAGCGUUCGUUUUUACACAGGUUUGGAGAAAUGAUGUGAACAGUGCUCGGUGGAAAGCGAACAUAAGAUCGGUGUCUAAUAGAGUGCCGCUGUACCGCUGUGACAACACUGGGUGUUACCGCUGUGUAAGAGUCAAGCGGCCAAUCCACCCCAAGUGCAUGAGUAACUAGCACAAUGGCUCAAAAGCUGUCACUGCACUGUGGUCUCCAUUCACUCUCAGCACAUGCUGUCCUUAAAUGGAAGCUUAGCUUCAGAUUCACUGGUCACUAUUUUGAAUUCACUGUUUAUCAAAUUUACAUAAAUGCACCAACCCAGCCUAUAGUGAUUUAGCCCCACCCACUCACACUGAGACUGUAAGGCGUGUUUCAGCCUGGAUUAGUUUCUGAACAAGGGCAGCCAAUCAGAGAAGGGCUUACUUACAUAUAUCAGAUUAAAGGCACAAAGUGUUCAGUCCUAAGAGAUAAAAUGGUCAUGUAGAACUGAAUUUCCACUGAUUUCACUCAAACAACAGAGAAAACAGUCAAAUCCAAUAAAAAAGUAGGAUAUGGGCUCUAUAAGGCUAAAUAAGAUUACCACAAAAUAUGAUAUUCUAUAAGCUUCAUAUAUUUUUUCUUCUUGUGCUUAAAAAUAUCCACUACUGGAUUUACCUGUAUUAUGCUUUUAUAUUUACCAAUAAAUACUGCUGUGUUAAAUUUGU